GUCUUCUGGAAGCACUGGGCGAUGACCCUGAGACUCCAGUCCAGAGUGGUCUGAAACCAUUUGGGAAAGCAGAGGGAGUCCGGGGGAAGAUGGCCAUGGCCCCAGGCCCUUCCCUGGCUCAGGCGUACGCCAGCCCCGUGGCGGUGGCUGUGUGGGAGUGGCAGGACGGGCUGGGCACCUGGCACCCCUACAGUGCCGCCGUCUGCAGCUACAUCGAGCAGCAGUUCGCCCAGCAGAAAGGCCAGCGCUUCGGGCUGGGGAGCCUGGCCCACAGCAUCCCCUUAGGCCAAGCUGACCCCUCGCUGGCCCCUUACAUCAUUGACCUCCCCAGCUGGACGCAGUUCCGCCAGGACACUGGCACCAUGCGGGCUGUGCGGAGGCACCUGUUCCCCCAGCAAUCAGCCCCCGGCCGGGGCAUUGUCUGGGAGUGGCUGAGUGAUGACGGCUCCUGGACGGCUUAUGAAGCCAGUGUCUGUGACUUCCUGGAGCAGCACGUGGCCAGGGGCAACCAGCUCGUGGACUUGGCUCCCCUGGGGUACAACUAUACUGUCAACUAUGCCACCCACACGCAGACCAACAAGACUUCGAGUUUCUGCCGCAGCGUGCGGCGCCAAGCAGGACCCCCGUACCCGGUGACCACCAUCAUUGCUCCACCAGGCCACAUGGGAGUCGCCUGCUCUUGCCAUCAGUGCCUCAAUGGCGGUGGGACUGGCCCGGUGUCAGGCCGCUACCGCCACUCCAUGACCAACCUCCCCGCGUACCCUGUCCCCCAGCCCCCCCACAGGACCGCCAUUGUCUUUGGGGCCCACCAGGCCUUUGCCCCGUACAACAAGCCCUCGCUCUCUGGGGCUAGGUCUGCACCCAGGCUGAACACCACCAACCCCUGGGGUGGGGCACCACCCUCCCUGGGGAGCCAGCCCCUCUACCGCUCCAGCCUCUCCCACCUGGGACCGCAGCACCAGCCCCCAGGAUUGUCCACUGCCAGUGGAGCCAGUGCCUCCCUCCCCAGCGGUCCUGCGAGCAGCCCUGGGAACGUCCCUGCCGUGGUGCCCGUGCAGAUGCCGAAGCCCAGCCGGGUCCAGCAAGCCCUCGCAGGCAUGACGAGUAUUCUGAUGUCAGCCAUUGGACUCCCUGUGUGUCUUAGCCGCGCACCCCAGCCCGCCAGCCCUCCCGCCUCCUGUCUGGCCUCUAAAAGUCACAGCUCAGUUAAGAGAUUGAGGAAAAUGUCCAUGAAAGGAGGGACUCCAAAGCCAGAGCCAGAACAGGUGAUUAAAAAGUAUACCGAGGAACUGAAAACGGUCCCAGACGAGGACUGCAUCAUCUGUAUGGAGAAGCUGUCUGUGGCGUCUGGCUACAGCGACGUGACCGACAGCAAGACCAUUGGGCCGGUGGCUGUGGGCCGCCUUGCCAAGUGCAGUCAUGCCUUCCACCUGCUGUGUCUGUUGGCCAUGUACUGCAACGGGAACAAGGAUGGAAGUUUGCAGUGUCCUUCCUGUAAGACCAUCUAUGGGGAGAAAACUGGGACCCAGCCCCGGGGGAAGAUGGAGGUAUUCAAGUUCCAAGUAUCCCUCCCCGGUCACGAGGACUGCGGGACAAUACUCAUAGUUUACAACAUUCCUCACGGCAUCCAGGGCCCAGAGCACCCCAACCCAGGGAAGCCGUUCACCGCCAGGGGCUUUCCCCGUCAGUGCUACCUUCCAGACAAUGCCCAGGGCCGCAAGGUCCUGGAGCUGCUGAGGGUGGCCUGGAAGAGGCGACUUAUCUUCACAGUAGGGACGUCCAGCACCACGGGAGAGACAGACACAGUGGUGUGGAACGAGAUCCACCACAAGACAGAGAUGGACCGCAAUGUGACAGGCCACGGCUACCCUGACCCCAACUACCUGCAGAAUGUGCUGGCCGAGCUGGCUGCCCAGGGGGUGACUGAGGACUGCCUGGAGCAGCAGUGACCCCCAGCCUGGCCGGCCCCAUCCCUGUCCCACCCCGCCUGCCUCCGGCAGCCAGCCGCCCUCUCCCCACGCUGCUGGCUGGGCUGUCCCUGGGAUGCGCAGGCAGGAAGGUGCCUUUCUUCAGAGGCUGCAGUGUUUGUCGGGGGCCUGCCUUCCGCCCCCCUCCCCUCCAGGCCUGGACCUGCGUGGGAGUUGGGCAAGCCUGGGGAGUUGUACUUGUGGGGGCUUAAGAUGCAGCUACCUCAGUGCGUGGGGCCCUGCCCUUGGCGGGCUGCUUUGGGUCCAUGGUGCCGGGGGCCCGGCGUGGGGUGAGGCGAGACUGCCCCAUCGUAGCCAGGGCAGGUGUGGGUUCCGGGUCAGCUUCUCAUACCUCAGAUGUUCCGUUUGCAAUAAAUGCCCUAUAGCCAAAGUCAGCAGGCCCUGGUGUGUUUGUGGGUGGAGAGGCUGGGCUUGGGCGUGCGUAUGCGCAUCCCGCUGCCUCGGAGCAACAGGGAGCCUGCAGACUGCCCAUUCGACCCGCAUUCCCCAAUGACCAAGGCCGUUCCCCAAUGACCAAGGCUGCGGUGAGGGCCGAGAGCCUGCCCCCUGACCUGUGCUGCUGCCUGGUCCUGACUCAGUUCUCCCAAGCGAGUCGGCCAGGCCCACCGUCCCGUUUACUCCUGACUCGGCUCACACAUGGCGGGCGCUGCUGCUGUCUUCCCUGUUCUGGAUGAGGGAACAGGUUCGAGGAUGCGGUGACUGGCCCAAGGUCCCAGGCUCCCGGGAGAGCUGGGGCUGGAGCUGGGCCCGGGCUGGUCUGACCCCAUCCUCAAAGUUCUAAUUCUUUUCCACCCUCUUAGGAGGAUCAAAUACCCCAGCCUGCUGUCUGCCUGGGGGCAGUGAUUGUGGCCCAGGGACACCAGUCACUUCCUGAGUGGGCAGGGGGUACUUUUGCCUCGGUAAGCCCCUUUCCUCCAUAAGAAAAAAAAAUUUAUGUGUUGGUUUAAGAUGAGUAUAUUAUAUAUUAAAGCAUUUUUCUUCAUCUAAAAGUUUGGGUUUUUGGGGGCGCCUGGCUGACUCAGUCAAUAAAGCAUGUGACUCUUGAGCUCAGGGUCUUGAGUUCAAGCCCCAUGUUGGGUGUUGAGAUUACUUAAAAAUAGAAUCUUUAAAAAAAAAAAAAAGUAGUUAUCCUAUGACUCAGUGAUUCCACCCCUAGGCGUGUAAACAAGAACAGAAAACAGGUCCACACAAAACUUGUACAUGAACGCUCGUGGCAUUGUUGUUCAUGACAGCCAAAAAGUGGGAGCAGCCCCACUAUCUCCGCUGAGGAGCUGGGAAACAAAAUACCCGGUCUCCAUACAGUGGAGGGAAAGUUCUGGAGCCCUAGGGAAGAACGGAGGCCUGCUACAGGCUACAACAUGGAUGGAUGUAAGCGAGAGAAGCCAGCCCCAGCUAGUGGCUCGUGUGAUUCUGUCCAUGUGAAAUGUUCAGAAGAGGGAAGUCCGCGGAGGCUGAGCGGAGCUGCAUGGUUGCCGGGGGAGCGGGGGUCGGGGAGUGACUUUUAACGGGUACAGCGUGUCCUUUCGGGGUGAUGCGCAUGUUCUGAAUGUGGUGGUGAUGUUUGCACAACCUUGUAAAAACCCACUGGGCUGUACACUUUAAAAGGAUGAAUUUUAUGUGAGUUCUAUCUUUUUUAAAAAUUAUAUCUUAAUAAAAAAAUAGAAUCAAAA